AUGAAGAACGCCCAGUGCGAGGACGGAGGAGCACAACUUGAAGGCUCCCAAAUCGUGAAAACUCCGUCAUACGUAUACCUGGGACGUUCUAUGAACAUGGAAAACGACUUGAAGGGAGAACUGAAUAGAAGAAUGAGAGCAGCAUGGGCAGCAUUUGCAGCCGUCAGGGAAGCUACGGACCAACUGACGGACCAAGAUCUUCGUGCCCAUCUGUUCGACUCGACAGUCCUUCCAUCGCUCUGUUACGCAGCGGAGACGUGGGCAGACACCGCGGCCAUGUCUAGGAAGCUACUUACUACCCACAGAGCCCUUGAGAGAUGUCUCCUGAAGUUUAACCGGCGCACACAACACCUUGCCGGUCUUCGUAGCUCCGACUUAAAAGGAAUGUCCUGUCUUCGCGACCCAGCGGAAUAUGUAUCGAAAGCAAAACAUAGAUGA